GAAAUCUAUACUUUUUUGAUUUAGUAGGUUAUCAAAAAACAAACUUGCAGGCUUGUGAUAAUAUAUUGUAAUUUAUUUGUGAAAUUAAGCAAAAUGAAGCGAUUUAAAAGGCAUAAAGUAAAAGAAGAGAAGCCGGAGGCUUCCACGUCGUUUAGCCGGCGCGUAGACGAGUACGAUUUAACUUAUUACAUCCACGACAGAGUGGAGCUGAUGCACCAAGUGUUUUCCAUUCUGAAACACAAGGAUCUGAAGACGAUGGCUCCGGAGUGCGUGCGGAAUAUCUCUAAAGACAAUUUGCAAGAGCUCUGCACCGAAGAGCUCCUAGGUAUAAGUUCAAAGCGCCUUUGUGCGAUCCUGGACGGGGCUGAGCCACCGUCUGAUACAGAGUCGUCGAGCGAGUCUCCGGAGCGCUUGGAGACGAUAUCUUUGGACAGCAUAUCAUCGGAUGAUGGGAUACUAAGUGAAUCGAGCAAAAAGAGUAAAAAGCACAAACGCCACCGCCGCGACUCCAAAACCAAGCCCAAGAAGAAGAAGUCCAAAGACAAUCCCGAGCCAGCGAACACAGCAGACGCUGACAAGUCGCGGGCGUCACGCGCCGGGCUCACGGUGCUCGAGCUAUUGGAGCUACAGGCGCGAGCUAGAGCUAUUAGAGCUCAGCUACAGCAGGAGCAGGCAGCGAAGCAAGCACUGGAGCCGACGACCGCCAGCGACCACUCGUCAGACAACGAGGUGGAGAUCAAGGAGGAGGCCGCUGAAGUUGUGGAGAUCAGCAGCGAGGAUGAAAAGCCCGACGUGGAACAGCUGAAAGAGAAAGCCACGCCAAAGCCUACAGAGCCCGAAUCGCCAUCGGAGGAUACUCAGAACACGACUUCGGUCACCAAGCGGAUCAACGACCUCAUCAUCACGGUCCCGCAAGUCAAAACCACCAGGAAAAUAAAACUGAACCGAAGCAAAAUCGUUGUCUGCGUCCCCAACUCUGAAAGUAACGAAAAAGAUCAAAAUAGUAACAAUGAAAGCAACAAACCUAAAGAGGAUUCAACUCCAGCUACAAGCACAGAAGUUAUAGAGAAACGUAAAGAAAAACAAGUAAAUGUCAAAGAAGUAAGCAAAAAGAGCAAAGAGAAAGAAGCUAAGACGAAAGAGAAAAAGAAAAAAGAUAAGAAAAACAAAAAUAAAAACCAAGACAGUGAUCAUGAUGAGAUUACGCUGCAGUUGUCGGAUUCGGAGAAAAUGGAUCUGCUAGAAGACCUAGAUAGAAAGAACUUUGAUAAGUUGUCUAGUUCUGAAUCGGAGGACUCGGAAAGCAGUUCGGAGAGCGAGUCCGAAGCAAGCGAGGCGUCUAAAAGCAGUCCAGAGAAAGACAAAAGCAAAAACAAUACUGCCAAAGAGAAACCCGAAGUACCGGUUUCAAAAAGUGCAAGCAAAGAUUCUUUAGUUGAAAUUCAAGAUAAAAAUACUGUGAAACCAGUUGAUGAAGAAACUUCUUCCCUUAAAAUUCAAGAAGAAAGUAUCAUAAAUAUAGAUACUGAGAGUCAAGACACGAUAUCAGAUGAUAAAAUGUUAGAAACUGUUAAACCAACUGAAGAGGCUUUGGGCACAAAUGAAAGUAAUUUGGACAUAGCUUCGAUCGACGAUAUUCCUGUUAUAACACAUGAGAAUGACGAGUCCCAAAGCAGUGCUGUUUUAGUCGCAGAAUCUGAUUCGAGGUCUACUGAUCUGUCCAAACCCGAUACGAUUACUAAAGCAGAUGCAAGUAAUACGGAAAAGGGUAAUGAUGAAGAUACUCAAACUAGACAAGUGACUUCAGAGUUGAAUGCUCAUGGAAAAACUUUGAAAAUUACAGUUGAAGUCACUACGCCGGUUACUAGUGAUAGUCCUUCAAAAGAAAAUACACAAGAUAAUAAUGAGAAUGAUGAUAAUGAAACAACUAAGAAAGAAGGUGAGAAAUUGUCGGAAGGAGAACUCUCAGACAAAGACAGUACUGACAUAGAAGCAGUGGAACUAAAACCAGAAGUAGUUUGCAUAUCUGACGACGAGAUUGACAAGGUAGCCGUAAAAAAGAAGAAAAAGAAAGAAAAAAAAGCUAAAAGCAAAAAAUCUAAGAAAUCCAAGCAGGAUUUUCGGGAAAGCGGUGAUCAAAACUUUUACACUGAAGAAAAAGAGGAAGAAACACAAGUAAAGACAAACGAAGUGAUUAAAGUCGAUGAAGAUGACGUCAGCAAAGAAAAGAACGAAGUAGAACAAGUAGAAAUGAACGAAGUAAUAAAAAUAGAAGAAGAUGAAGUAAAAAUAUCUUUAGAAGAUGAUGAUUAUGAUGACGUGUGCGAAAUAAUGGAAUUAUCAGACGAUUCGUCGUGCUACGAAGUUGAAGGCACUGUGUUGUCAAAAGAACCGACUGCAGAAGAGAUUGAGGCGCUUUCUGCUAGAAUAGAUGAAAUAGAAAGAGAGGAUGUAGUGACAGAAGAAGAAAUAAGACAACAUGAGAAGCGUAUCGCGGAAGAAGAGAGUAUUAAAGAACUAGAAAACGUGUCGUGGAAAGAUAGGUAUUUGGACAGCAAUAAAGUCAAGAAAGUGCUCAGUACUUCCAGCAUUUUUAACGCGAUGAGGAAGAAAAAUAGAGAUUUGAAAAAGAAGUUGCUAGAAAGUAAGAAGAAAGAAGCGGAGAUUCAAGAAGUGAAAGAAAAAGAAAUUGUUGAAAAGGCUCUGCCGCCAGUAGAAGGCUCAAUAGAACAUUAUAACAUGCUAGAAGGCUCAACUAAAUACGUGGAUCCGGUUCCAGAAAUAGUAGAAAAGAUCGAUAAAGAUGCAGCUUCAGAAAUAGUUGAAAAAGACGAUGCAGAAACUCAAAAUGGCGGUGAAGAAAACGCGAAAGAUUCACAAAAUAGUGAAGAAAUUCAAAAGAAAAGUGACGAAAUUGAAGAAGAUACGAAUGGAGUCGACAAAAACACAGAAGAACAGUCUUCAAUGGCGAAAGAACUUACGAAAGACGCUAAACAACUGCUCAAAAUGUAUAAGAGGCUGUUGAAAUACAAUGACAUGUACAAACAAAACGCGCAGAAAGACCCAAAUAAAAAGAAGAGGAAGAAAACUAAGAAGAAAAACAAAGAUGAUGGGAACGCGGUUACUACUAUUUAGUAUUCUAGAUUUUAAGUGAUGUUAGAAAUAAAUAAAUAAAUAGGUUUAUUUAUGAU